AUGUCGAGGAAGCCCGGGAAAACCGUGAAUAUGUCCUCUGGACAGGGCGAUUUUGAUUUCGGGGAGGAAAUCGCGGAGAUCCCGAAUUUCCGGAUCCGGUCGGCGGCUGCCCGGCCGGCCGGAACAACUUUGGUACAUGCGGGAACUGACACAUCCGCCGAAACUUUGGAAUUGUCCAUGUCUUUGCUACUCAACAGCCUCACUGCCCUGGAGAAGGCCACGGCCGAAAUAGAUAGCUGUGUCGGCCAGGAAUGGUUGAUCGACGAGCACGACAUCCAUGUGCUGCCCUACCUCCAAAAUGUCAUAAAUGAGACUUUGCGGCUGUUCCCUCCCGCCCCUCUCCUCGUCCCCCAAAGGUGUGGGACGACGAAACGAGUUUCCAGCCGGAGAGGUUCGAGGGGUUGGAGCAAGCCAGCUAUGCCCAUACCAUUUGGGGUGGGGAGAAGGGGAUGCCUCGGGGCUGGUCUGGCCCACAGAGUGGUGGGGUUGGGGUUGGGAGCCCUUAUUCAGUGCUUCGAGUGGGUCAAGAGUUAG